AUGACAUUGGCAGCCAUGGCGACAAAGCUUAUGCGUGCGGUUCAGUACAACAGCUACGGUGGGGGAGCUUCUGGUUUAAAGCAUGUAGAGGUUCCAGUGCCCACUCCAAAGAAAGGUGAGAUCUUGCUGAAAUUGGAAGCAGCUACUAUAAACCCGGUUGAUUGGAGAAUUCAGAAAGGCAAGAUGCGGCCUUUUUUUCCACCCAAAUUCCCUCAUACACCUGCUACUGAUGUUGCUGGAGAGGUUGUAGAAGUUGGAAAAGGGGUCCAAAAGUUCAAACCGGGCGACAAAGUUGUGGCAUAUCUCACCCUCGCUAAUGGAGGUGGACUGGCUGAGUUUGUCACAGCUAGUGAGAGCUUGACAGUUGCCAGGCCACCUGAAGUUUCAGCAGCUCAAGGUGCAGGCUUACCUAUUGCUGGUCUCACAGCUCUCCAGGCUCUCACCCAAGCUGCAGGGCUUAAGCUCGACGGAAGUGGCCAGAAAAAGAACAUCUUGAUUACUGCUGCCUCUGGUGGUGUGGGUCAUUAUGCAGUCCAACUAGCAAAGCUCGGAAACACUCAUGUUACAGCCACAUGCGGUGCUCGUAAUAUUGAAUUUAUCAAGAGCUUGGGGGCAGAUGAGGUUCUUGACUACAAGACCCCAGAAGGAGCAGCUCUGAAUAGCCCAUCUGGUAGGAAAUAUGACGUCGCUGUCCAUUGUGCAAUAACGGGCAUUCCCUGGUCAACUUUCAAGCCUAAUUUGAGCGCCAACGGGAAGGUUAUAAACAUUACUCCUGGUCCAAGUACCUGGGCUGCUAUUGCUCAGAACACACUCACCUUCUCCAAGAAGCAGCUGGUGCCAAUGUUCAUGAGUGCCAAGAGUGAGAACCUUGAUUAUCUUGUCAAGUUAGUGAAGGAAGGAAAGCUCAAGACUGUGAUCGACUCGAAGCAUCCUCUGAGCAAGGCUGAAGAUGCUUGGGCUAAGAGUAUUGAUGGACAUGCAACUGGGAAGAUAAUUGUGGAGCCUUAA